GAGGCGGGUUGACUAGAGCGCGCUCUGCGGUGACGCGCACGGAGGGGAAGUGGAAAGGCGGAAGAAAGGACGUUGAAUAAACUUGCCAACUUCUAGCUGACUGGCUAGAAAUACAGUUAGAUACGAUGUUACAGACGAACUGGUUACUUAUUUCUAUACAGACUUAGAUAGCUAACCCACCGCCCUGUCUACAUUCAGUCACCGCUCUCUCUACUCGCCACACGACACGACCACGGGACUCCAGCAGUUUUCAAACAGACGUUGCACUUGCUGAGCCGACCCGAAGCCAACCAGCGUCACAAAGUUACAUUUAGCUGUUGUUAAAGUGUUGGGAUAACCACUCAAUUGUCCCAACGUGACACAAAAUCAACUCGCUUGCUUUUUCUCCUUGUGGGAAAAGUUGUCCGUGGUUGUUGGUGGUGGUGGAGCCGACGAGGCCUGCAGUCGAGGUGGCUGCAUGUGUGAAGACUGUUGCUGGCGAGGAGUGACUCACACAGCGCUAGCUCAACACUCAGAAACAUGUCGGCCCAGGCACAGAUGCGAGCGAUGCUGGACCAGCUCAUGGGGACGGGGAGAGACGGAGAUACCAUGCGGCAGAGAAUCAAAUUCACAGAUGAACGAGUCUGCAAAAGUCACCUCCUAGAUUCAUGUCCUCAUGAUAUUUUGUCUGGCACCAGAAUGGAUCUGGGAGAGUGUAUGAAAGUCCAUGACUUGGCCCUCAGAGCAGACUACGAGAUUGCCUCUAAGGAGCAGGAGUACUUCUUCGAACUUGAUGCUGCUGAGCACCUUCAGUCUUUCAUCGCUGACUGCGACCGCAGGACUGAGCUGGCCAAGAAGAGACUAGCCGAGACGCAGGAUGAGAUCAGCGCUGAAGUGGCUGCAAAGGCUGAACGUGUCCACGAGCUGAACGAAGAGAUCGGGAAGAUGUUGGCCCGGGCGGAGCAGCUCGGGAGUGAGGGGAACGUAGAUGAAGCCCAGCAACUGCUGGAAAUGGUGGAGAAGACUCGGGGCUUAAAGAAAGAAGCAGAGGAUGUAUACAGAAACUCGAUGCCAGCAUCCAGCUUUCAGCAGCAAAAACUAAGGGUGUGCGAGGUGUGCUCUGCCUACUUGGGUCUUCAUGACAACGAUCGUCGUCUAGCUGACCACUUUGGGGGCAAACUGCACCUCGGCUUCAUUGAAAUCCGCGAGAAGCUUGAAAAGCUUAGGAAAGCGGUUAUAGAGAAACAAGAAAGAAUGCGAAUGAGAAGACGAGAGGAACGGGAAAGAGAAGACGAAAGGGAGCGGCAGUGGGAGUUGGAGCGGGAACGGGAAAGAGAGCGGGAACGAGAACGGGAAAGAGAGCGAGAAUGGGAGAGAGAAAGAGAAAGGGAAAGGGAGCGCAGGAGAUCGAGAUCCAGAAGUGGAGAUCGAUAUACAAGGGAUGGAGGCACUUCAUCCUCCCAUCGUUCAAGACGCCACCGCUCCUCUCGUUCCAGAGAAGAAGGCGGAGAUCGAGAUCGGGAGAGAGAGAGGAAACAUCGACACAAGGACAGGCAUCGCUCACGCUCCCACUCUCACAGGCGCAAAAGAAAGAGGUCCUCUAGAGACAGAUCAUCUCACACCCGUGACAAAGAGCCCUCGCCAUCCCAGGAGAGGUGUGGAGAGGGAUGGCGCGAGGACAAGGCGGAGUGCGGAGACUGGGAGGACAGGGAGAGGUCUCCCUCUUCAAACACAGCCAAGGGAAGGGAACGAGAGAGAUCCCUGUCGUACGAGCGGGACAGACGCUCCAGCUCUGAGGAGCGAGAGUCUGGGGAGAUAUGAACAGGAGUGGACACCUCCCAAAGUCUUUGAUUUGGAUAUAUUAAUUAGAGAAAGGAGCAUGGAGAGAUGAGUGUGCUGGUGCGAAUGUGUGUGUGUCGGCUUUGUAUGUUUGUCCAUGUUAGAAGUGGGAGAUGUACAUUAGCAGGGGAUGGAUGCUGGAAACUUAAGGUGGGGAUGAGGGAACAACUUCUGUGGUGGCGGUCAUGCAAAACCAACUUUUAUAAGACUCUGAAUUGUGAGGCUAGUCUGACCUGGAAGCAGUACAGUCAUUUUUUAUGUCAUCUUGUCGAUCUUAUGUACAGUUAUUUUGACAGUGAUGAGUGAG